ACUGCGGCCCGCGCGUUGGAGAGGAGCGGACCGAACCCAAACCGAUCUCGGAUAGCUUCGCAACCGACUUCUUCUUCUCCGUGAGAAAAAAAUCAAACCGUUUUUACCCGAGUUUUUGCUCCCGUUCCCGGAACCGCGUCGCGUUUAUAACCGGGGCGACUCGCACCUGAGAGCAGGCAUGUCCCGCAGCACGGUGGCCAGGGUGCUGGUGGCCCUCUUGAUCGGGGCCGCGGCGCACUGCAUGCCCGACGCGGCGCGCAGGAGCCGGCGACAGGCGCAGCAGCAUCACGUCUCCUCGGUCUCUCAGGAUGGUUGUUUAGAGAACGGACAGUUCUACGGCGUUAAUGACCAGUGGGAACGACCAUAUUUGGGCAGCCUCCUGGUCUGUACCUGCUAUGGAGUCGCUGGGAUCAAGUGUAAAAGCAAACCUGAAGCAGAGGAAAAGUGCUACGAUAAGAUCAACAAGAAGUCCUACAGUGUGGGAGAAACCUACGAGAGGCCCAAGGAGGGCUUUAUCUGGGACUGUACCUGUAUCGGGUCGGGUCGGGGCAAGAUCAGCUGCACCAUCGGCAACCGUUGUCACGAGGGUGGCGCUUCCUACAAGAUUGGUGACACCUGGAAAAGACCUCAUGAAACGGGAGGCUACAUGUUGGAGUGUGUCUGUCUGGGUAACGGCAAGGGAGAGUGGACCUGCAAACCUGUUGCUGAGCGUUGCUAUGACAACUCUGCGGGGACGUCCUAUCUCGUCGGGGAGACGUGGGAGAAGCCGUACCAGGGAUGGAUGGUGGUGGACUGCACUUGUAUGGGAGAAGGAAGCGGACGCAUCACAUGCACCUCCAGAAAUCGCUGCAACGACCAAGACACUCUGACCUCCCACCGCAUCGGAGACGCCUGGAGCAAGACGGACGCCCAGGGCCACUCGCUGCAGUGUCUGUGCACGGGGAACGGCCGGGGGGAGUGGAAGUGCGAGCGGCACGCCUCCCUCCACACCACCGGCCUGGGCACCGGCUCCCGCGUGAUCACUAACAUCCAGCCCGCGGUCUACCACGCCGCCGCCGCCGCCGCCCCCCAGCCCGCCGCCCAGGUGGGCCCCUGUCGGGCGGACGCGGGGCUCUCCUACUUCGUCGGCCAGCGCUGGAUGAAGAAGCAGGGAGCCGAGCAGAUGAUCUGCACCUGCCUCGGCAACGGAGUCAGCUGUGAACCGUGGGAUGGACCGGCUCCGGUGUACGGCGGCAACUCCGGAGGUCAGCCCUGCGUGUUUCCCUUCGCCUACAAGGGGAAGACCUACCACUCGUGCAUCUCCGAGGGACGCAGCGACGGACAUCUCUGGUGUUCCACCUCCUCGGACUUUGAGACGGAGCAGAAGUAUUCUCUCUGCACGGAGAGGAAUGUAAUCGUGGCAACACGAGGCGGCAAUUCGAAUGGUGCCCUGUGCCAGUUCCCCUACCUCUACAAUGGGCGAAACUACACCGACUGCACUGCAGAUGGUCGCAGAGACGGCAUGAAGUGGUGUGGAACCACGACGGACUACGAUGGAGAACAGCGUUUUGGAUUCUGUCCGAUGGCUGACCACGAAGAAGUGUGCACGAGCAGUGACGGGGUGAUGUACCGCAUGGGCGAGCAGUGGGACAAGCGGCACGACGUUCUGGGUCACAUGAUGCGAUGUACCUGCGUCGGCAACGGCAGGGGAGAAUGGAGUUGUGUUGCGUACUCCCAGCUUAAAGACCAGUGCAUCGUGGACAGUCUCACCUACGAGGUGAACCAAACCUUCAGCAAACAGCACGAGGAGGGCUACACGAUGAACUGCACCUGCUUCGGGCAGGGCCGCGGCCGCUGGAAGUGCGACGCCAUCGAUCAGUGCCAGGAGCCCGAGACGAGGGCCUUCUAUAAGAUUGGGGAGUCCUGGGACAAAGUCAUCCAAGGGAUCAUGUACAAGUGCUAUUGCUAUGGCAACGGGGUCGGAGAGCUCAGCUGCGAGCCUCAGCAGUCCUACCCAGGUGGUAGUCGCCCCGUCCAGGUGAUCAUAACUGAAUCAGGAACCCAACCCAACUCCCACCCCAUCCAGUGGAACGCCCCACAAUCUGCUCACAUCACCCAGUACAUCCUCAAAUGGAGAGUGAAAAACAGUCAAAGCGCGUGGAGGGAGGUGCUGAUCCCAGGCCAUCUGAACUCUUACACCAUCUCCGGCCUGAAGCCGGGCAUCACCUACGAGGGUCAGCUGAUCAGCGUGUUGCGGUUCGGGCGCCAGGAGCUCACGCGCUUUGACUUCACCACCAACUACGGAUCACUGGCGACAUCACAAGGCGAGACCACCCCGCCUCCGCCCACGGUCGACAUCUCCGAGUCGGUGACUGAAAUCACCUCCAGCAGCUUCGUCAUCUCGUGGGUGUCCGCCUCCGACACGGUCUCUGGUUUCAGAGUGGAGUACGAGCUCAGUGAGCAGGGACAGACCACUGGACAACCCCUGGUGCUAGACCUGCCCCACACGGCCACCUCAGUGAACAUCAAUGAGCUUCUACCUGGGAGGAAAUACACCGUUAAUGUCUAUGAGGUUACAACUGGCGGCGAGAACAACCUCAUUCUAACCACUUCACAAACCACUGCGCCUGAUGCUCCCGCUGACCACGAAGUGGAGGAGGUGGGAGAAACGUCCAUGGUGAUCAGCUGGGAUAAGCCCCUGGCUCCCAUCACUGGCUACCGCGUCGUCUACACGCCGUCGGUGGAAGGCGAAAGCACUGAGCUGACCCUCCCCGACACGGCGACCUCCGUGACCCUGAGCGACCUUCUGCCCGGGAAGUUGUACAACGUCAGCAUCUACGCCGUGGAGGACAGCCUGGAGAGCGAGCCCAUCUUUGUGCAAGUCAACACAGCUGGAGCUCCAGCGCCAGAAGAAGUUUCCUCUCCCACGGACCUGCAGUUCUUCGAGGUGUCGGAUAAAAAAAUCGUCCUGACCUGGACCGGCCCGGCCGGCGCAGUCUCCGGUUACCGGGUGACCGUCGCCGCCGUCGACGAGCCCGCUUCUCCCCCGAGGGUGAUGACCCUGCCCGUCACCACCUACGUCGAAGCGCAUCAGCUGGAGCCCGGGACGCUGUACGGCUUCAACGUGUACACCCUUCGCAACGGGGAGGAGAGCCCGCCGCUCAUCGGGGAGCAGGCCACCAAGCCGGAUGCUCCCACAGAUAUCCAUUUCACCAACGUGACCGAGGACAGCGCUGUGAUGCUGUGGUUCGCCCCCCGGGCCAAAGUCAGCGGCUACCGUCUCUUCCUGCACGUGGAGGGCUCCGCGUCCGAGCAGCUGCGCCUGCCCGCCCGCCCCUCUCGGUACACGCUGCUCAACCUCCGGCCCGACACCCGGUACGCCGCCGUGCUGCACGCCGAGCAGGAGAACACGCUGAGUGAAGGGGAGUCCGCCGCGUUCGCCACCAAUCCGCCAAUGGGCCACGCCCCUGACUUCAGCACGGAUGUGACUGACACCUCCAUCAUUAUCUCCUGGACUCCAGUUCCCCACAUUGCAUACAAGCUGACGGUGCGUCCCAGUCAGGGCGGAGAAGCCCCAAGGGAUGUGAACUCUGACUCGGGGAGUAUUUACGUCUCUGGUCUGACCCCUGGAGUGGAGUACACGUACAGUGUCCAGCCGGUCAUAAACGGCCACGAGCAGGGGACCCCAAUCGUACGCCGCGUCGUGACACCUCUGUCUCCUCCCACCGAUCUCCACCUGGAGUCUAACCCGGGCACCGGGGAGCUCAUAGUCCAGUGGAACGGAGCCAGCACACCAGAUAUCGACGGCUACAAAGUGACAUGCGCCCCCACCAAGGGGCAGCAGGGACACCGCCUGGAGGAGUUUGUGGAGGCCGAUCAGAACUCCUUCACCCUGGAGAACCUCAGUCCGGGAGUGGAAUACAACGUCAGCGUGGUGACGGUUAGGGACGAUAUGGAGAGCACUCCGAUAUCGACCACCAUCACAGCAGAGGUCCCGGGGCUGACGGACCUCACCUUCAGGGACGUGAGCGACACCACCAUCAGCCUCCGCUGGUCCCCGCUCAACGCCACGGCCGUCACGGGCUACCGCAUCACGGUGGUGGCGGCCGGCGAGAGCGUGCCCAUCUUCGAGGACAUGGUCGCGCCGUCCACCGGCCAGUACACCGUCUACGGGCUGGAGCCCGGCAUCGACUACGACAUCAGCGUGAUCACGGUGACGGAGAACGGCGAGAGCGAGCCCUCCACGGUCACCCAGCAGACCUCUGUACCAGCACCCACCGAUUUGGGCUUCGACCAGGUUGGGCCCGACAGUAUUCAAGUCACCUGGGUCCCUCCAGUUGUCCCCAACCCAGCUGACAUCAACAACUUCCUCAUCAGGUAUCAUCCCAUUGACGAUGAAGACGACAUUACAGAAACCAGCGCAGGGGACGGGAGCAACAGUGUGGUGCUGAGGAACUUGCUGCCUAACACGGAGUACCUGGUGAGCGUGGUGUGCGUGUAUGAGCAGAGAGAGAGCUCGCCCCUCGUCGGCACCCACAAAACAGCUCUGGAUUCCCCAGUUGGCCUGCGUUUCUCCGAGAUCUUCACCAACUCCUUCACCAUCCACUGGCUGGCUCCCCAGAGCAAAAUCACCGGCUACCGCAUCCGCUACCAGAUGGCCAGCGGCGGGAGGGCCAAGGACGAGAGGCUGCCCCCGUCCAGGAACCACUUCACCCUGACGGCCCUCGCCGCCGACACGGAGUACCUGGUCAACAUCUACGCGGUGAGCGGGCCCAGAGAGGGCCUGCCGCUCAGCGGGACGCAGAAGACCAUCUCCGACGCUCCCACGGACCUGGAGGUCCUCGACUCCUCCCCCACCAGCAUCACGGUCCGCUGGGACGCUCCACCCGUCACCGUGCGCUACUACAGGGUCACUCACGGAGAGAGCGGAGGUCACAGCAAUCCCAAGGAGUUCACGGUGCCCGGCUCUCAGUCCACUGCCACCAUCACUAACCUGAAGCCUGGAACCGACUACACGGUCACCGUGUACGCCGUGACCGGCCGGGGGGACAGCCCCGCUUCCAGCACGCCGAUCUACGUCAUGCACAAGACGAGUGUUGAAUCUCCCUCUGAAAUGGAGGUGAUGGACGUGAACGACAACAGCGUCACAGUGAGGUGGAGCCCGGCCCAGGGCCCAAUCAAGGGAUACAGGGUGACCGGGGUCCCGAGAAAUGGCCUGGGGCAGUCUUUCACUGAGGUGGUGGCACCAGACCAGACAGAAAUGACUUUCUCGGGACUGAUGCCCACGGUAGAGUACGUUCUGAGUGUCUAUGCUCUCGGACAAGACGGGGAGAGCUCUCCUGUGGUGGUGAAUGCAUUAACGAAUGUGGACCGUCCCAAAGACAUGACCUUCUCGGACAUCGACUCGACCUCCCUCCGGAUCACCUGGGACAGCCCCGAGGGAAUCGUCACGUCUUACCGGGUCCUGUACUCCAGUUCGGAGGAGGGCGAGCGGGAGCUGCGCCCCGCCCCCCGGGGAGACGCAGAGUCCGCUGUCAUCCACGGUCUGCAACCCGGCACCGAAUACACCGUCACGGUCAUCGCGGUGCACGACGACACCGCCAGCGCGCCGCUGGUUGGGACCCAAGCUACAGCCAUCUCCCCUCCUACCGACCUCCAGUUCUCCCAGGUCAGCCCCACCUCUUUCACCAUGCGCUGGGCAGUGCCGGGUCAGGAGAACCGGCUCAGUGGCCUGACGGGGCUCACCGGGUACCGCGUGGUGGUGAACCCGAAGAACAAGAGCGGCCCCACCAAGGAGAUCAACUUGGCCCCGGACGCCACACAGGCGCACAUCUCGGGCCUCAUGAUUGCAACUACCUACGAAGUCCACGUUUAUGCCUUGAAAAACUCUCUGACCAGCCGGCCGGUCCAAGGAGAGAUCACCACCCUGGAGAACAUCAGCCCGCCCCGUCGCGUUCGUAUCUCUGACGUAAACGACUCCUCCAUCACGCUGACGUGGCGCUCCAAGACGGACACCAUCUCUGGCUUCCUGGUCGAGGCCACUCCCACCACCUCCUCCUCGGGCUACACACCCCUCCAGAGGACCACGGGGCCCGACUCGCGCUCCUUCGUCAUCACAGGUCUGGAGCCCGGCACCACUUACAAGAUCAACAUCUACACACUGAAAGGGAACGGACGCAGCGCGCCGCUCACGCUCACCGCCAGCACCGCCAAACCGGUGCUCAUCCCGCCCACAAACAUCCGCUUCACCUCCCUGAACCCGGACAGCAUCUCUUUCAGCUGGGAGCCGUCCCGCAGUCCGGGGGUCACUGGGUAUUACGUCACCUACGAGGAGGCCGGGGGUUUGCCUCGGGAGGUUAUGCCCAGGCCCCACGCAGGCCAGAGCCACGCCAUCGUCAACGGUCUGAAACCAGGAACCGAGUACGUCAUUAAGAUUGUUGCCCUGCAGAAUUCUUUAAGAAGCACACCUCUAGUGGGCAAAGGAAAAACACAGCCAGCAAUAGAGCAUCAGCCUUUGGUCCCUCAGCUUCCUGUUCCUCACCGGCCCUCCCCCGACAUCCUGGAUGUCCCCGAGUCCUUCAACGACCAGAUUUUUGACACCAACCAUGUUCACUUGGCUGGUACUAGUGGUCAGAACCAACCGGGUCAGCAGGGCCAGCACAUCUACACGGAGUACCAGAACCUCGGCCCUAACAACGGACUUCACGGCCCCUUCAGCGGACCCAGAGAAGGCCAGAGACCGACUCUCCGAGAACCUCUCAUCUACAUUCCCGUAGCAGGCCCUGAUGGAAACCGAGUGCCCUUGGUCAAGGUGAGCGACGGUCCGCUGCCGGGUCUUGCGUUCGGUUUCCCUGACAAUGAAACCGAGUGGCCCCAAGAAGCGCAGACCAUCACGGCCAUCUCCUGGUCCGGUGUCCCUCACACUUCGGAGUACGAGGUGUCCUGUAAUCCGAUCACACACCUGGAGGAAAGAGGCUUUCAGAUGCGUCUUCCUGGCACCUCCAACAGCGCCACGUUGAUUGGAUUGACAUCCGGAGCUUCCUAUAACGUCGUGGUCGAGGCCAUGAGGGGCGGGGCUAAAGAGAAGGUUUUGGAGGAAGUCGUAACCGUCGGCAACGCUGUUCCAGGUGACACUCCUAUUUCCACCAACCGGGACGUGUGUUACGACACAUUCACACAGACCUUCCACGAGGUGGGCUCAGAGUGGGAGCGCAUGUCUGAGACGGGCUUCAAGCUGUGGUGCCGCUGCCUGGGGCUGGGCAGUGGCCAUUUUAGAUGUGAUUCAUCCAAGUGGUGUCAUGACAACAAUAAUAACUACCGCAUUGGCGAGAAGUGGGAUCGCCAGGCCGAGAACGGUCACAUGAUGAGCUGCACCUGCAUGGGCAAUGGCAAGGGAGAAUUCAAAUGUGAACCCCACGAGUCGACGUGUUAUGACGAUGGGAAAAUGUACCAGGUGGGAAACCAGUGGCAGAAGGAAUACCUGGGCGCCAUCUGUACCUGUACCUGCUACGGAGGACAACAGGGCUGGCGCUGUGAGAACUGCAGAAGCCCGGGAGGACCCGCCGAUGUGGACGCUGACCUCCUUCAGCCGGUCCAUUCGGACGUCUUCGACCGUUACAGAGAAAACGCUCUACGCAAACUGAACAUCCAAUGUCCGAUUGAAUGUUUGAGGCCGGAGCUGCUUGCAGACGCUCAGACCCCCUCAGGUUAGAGAAGAGGAGGAAUAUGAGCGAAGGAGGAGGAGGAGGAGGAGGAGGAGGAAGAAGAGUGAGACCCCUUGCAGCGUUGAUACCACUUCAAGAAAGAAGCCUUCUGUUUUCACUAUGAGAAGACAUUUCCAUCAGAUCUUUGCCCUCAAGGUUCACCAAAUUUAAGUGCCUUAACGAGACUUUUCUACACCAACCGCUGUGCCUUUUUCAAAGACCCCCCUCACCUUUUCACGUUGGAUGUGAUGUUUUCUUCGGCAAUAGAAAAACCAGGAUUUUCCUCAUCCAAAACUUUUUUUUAAACUUUUCUUCCAUCAAGCUAGAGCACAAAUCCUGCUGCUCGAUCACCUCGCACCUGCCUACCGCCAAACACACUGUUGACACACUCAAACACACACCUUGAUGCAGCAUUUUUGGUUAUGGUUAAUGUUCAAUAACAUUUAAAUUCAAUUAAAAAAAUACAAGUAACUUUUCCUUUGACCCCCCCCCCCCCC